CCUGGGGAAGUGGAGGUGACGCAGAGUGGUGGUUCAGUCAGUUCGCUCACCCCAACUCUUGCGGCAGGUUAUAGCAGUUGCUUAUUAACAACAGUUGGUUGUAUUGGUGUUUUGUGCUACAUUCAAAGGUGUGUGGGAUUUGUUACAGGACUAAUAGGAUUGGAAUACGUGCUUCAUAGGAUUGGAUGAAAUACCCGUCAUAGGAUCAGAAGACGUGCUUCAUAAGAUUGGAAGACACACCUUAUCGGAUUGAAAGAUACUUUUUAGGGUUUCAAGACACAUUCUUAUAGGAUUAGAAGACCCAACUUAGGAUUGGAAGUUAAGUCAUCUAGGACUGAAAGCCACACUUCAGGCAUAGUAGAAAAUCUCACCCAGUUGGACUGGAGGCAGGAUGGUGGGAGUGGAGAAAGAUGAGCACAUUAUCCGGUGUUUGUGGGACAAUAUUGGUGAGGUGCCAAAGGAGCCUAUGGUGCAGUACAUCUUGGAAAGGAUGAAAAAAUAUCAGGACAGGACUGCCUUCGUUGAUGGAAUAACGGGCGAGAAACUGAAAUAUAGUGAGGUGCUUUCCUCCGUUUAUGGUCUGAGCUAUGGAUGGCAGGAAGCUGGACUUGAAGCAGGUCAUGUGGUGUGUGUGGUGUCACCCAACACCAUCCACAUCCCUGAAGUCUUCCUUGCUGUUACAGCAUCCUCAGCUGUUGUGACCCUGGCUAAUCCUCUCUAUACCCCAGGUGAACUUCGCAGGUUGCUCACUCACAGCCAGUCUAAAUGGAUUGUUGUGCAUCCCCUUAUUCUUUCUACUGUUCAGGAAGCUGUAAAGGAUAUAGAUCAUAUAAAAGGUAUUUUUAUAUUGGGAAAUGAAGCUCAGGACACUGUACAGCCUAUAUCAAGUCUGUGGAAAAAAGCCCCUGAUAACUGGGAAUGCCAUGGUGUGUGUGGCGACAAGGUGGUGCAUCUGCCCUACUCCUCUGGCACUACUGGUCUACCCAAGGGUGUAGAAAUUACUUCCAGAAACUGGUUGACAGUUCUCUCAACUAUUAGCAGAAGAGAAUACAUGAACAUAAGUGAUGAAGAAGUUAUCCUGGGCCUUUUACCAUUUUUCCAUGUUUUUGGGGCUAGCAUGGUAUUGGCCACACUUGUUCAUGGAAUAACUAUGGUCGUUCUACCGAGAUUCAUACCAGAUAUUUUUCUGAAUACCGUUCAGAAUUACAAGGUAACGUAUGUGCCACUUGUACCUCCAUUGGCCACCUUUUUGGCCAAACAGGAUAUAGUUUUACAAUAUGACCUGACCUCUGUUAAGAGUAUUAUCUGUGGAGCUGCUGCUUUGUCUUCAAAUGUAGAAAAAAUUAUCAACCACCGGCUCCCAGGUGUAAGGUUGAGACAAGGUUAUGGUUUGACUGAAACUACUCUGGCAGCCUUCUCCUGUGAGAGAAAUGAACCAGGAGCUGUUGGAAAAAUUGUUGCUCAUUGUGAAGCCAAGUUUGUUGAUAUGGAGUCAGGGGAUUCACUUGGCCCAAAUAAAAGAGGAGAGCUCUGUAUUAGAGGUCCAUUAGUUAUGAAGGGUUACUUGAAUAAUGAAGAAGAAACAAAGAAUAUAAUUUGCGAUGGGUGGCUACAUACAGGCGAUGUUGGCUACUACACUGAAGACCGCAUCACAUAUAUUGUGGAUCGUAUUAAAGAACUUAUAAAGUAUAAAGGUUUCCAGGUGGCUCCAGCUGAACUUGAGGCUCUGUUGAUGACAAAUGAGGAUAUUUUUGAUGCUGGAGUUGUUGGAGUUCCAGAUGAAGAAGCAGGAGAGUUGCCCAAAGCUUAUAUAUCACUGAAAGCUGGGAAGACUGUUGUGCCAGAAGACAUCAUCAACUGGGUACAUGAUAUGGUAGCCCCACACAAACGCUUACGAGGUGGUUUGGAGGUAAUUGAUGUUAUCCCACGCUCACCUGCUGGCAAGAUUCUCCGAAAGCAACUAAAGAAGAAGAUAAACUCAUGAAAGAGAUGCAUCGUGUGAGAAGAGGUGAUUGUGUUUGGAUCAUGAUAAACAUUUUAAAGAAAGGCCUGAGUAUACAGACACAAAGGAAGGCUUGGAAGUACAGUAAGCGGAAAUUGUGUAUGACAAGAGGAGUUUUAUUUUCAGAAACAUGAGAAAUACUUUCAGGAAUAUACAGAUAUACAGUACUGUACUGUAUGUAGUGUAAGUGUAAUCUGUAUCUGUGCUUUUACACCCAUUUACAGUCACACUGUAUUAAAUGCAGAGAUAUUUCAAACAUUGCGAAAAAAAAAGAUACAGGUACACACACACACACCUCCAAAAAGUAUCUUUACAAGACAACAGGAGUUGCAGUGUUAAUUUAAAAUUCAUUGCACCCUUCCAUGAAGAUGCUUUUUAGAGUUUUUGCAUAUACGAGGUGCGAUCCAAAGGUUCCCGCACUGGCUUCAUAAAAUCUUUAUUUUUCAAGAUAUUAAAGUGAAACUUUAGUCACCCUUAAAAUAUUCUUCAGAGGCCUCAAUGCAGUGCUGAAUCCCCCCCCUCCCACUUCUGGAAGUCCUUGUUGGUGAGGCUGGAGAACACCUUCUGUGAUGUGUCCUGGAUCCCCAUUCUGUCCAUGAUCAUCUUCCCCUUGAGGUUCAAUUUGAACUUCGGAACAGCAUGGCAUCCCAGUGGCCCCCCACCCUCCAUACUCUCCGGAUCUGGUCCUCUGUGACUUCUGGCUGUUUCCGAAGUUCAAAUUGAACCUCAAGGGGAAGAUGAUCAUGGACAGAAUGGGGAUCCAGGACACAUCACAGAAGGUGUUCUCCAGCCUCACCAACAAGGACUUCCAGAAGUGGGAGGGGGGGGAUUCAGCACUGCAUUGAGGCCUCUGAAGAAUAUUUUAAGGGUGACUAAAGUUUCACUUUAAUAUCUUGAAAAAUAAAGAUUUUAUGAAGCCAGUCCGGGAACUUUUGGAUUGCAUCUCAUAUGUACUGUACGUACUACCAUAAAAUCCAAAUAUAUAUUUGAACCUGGGUGUCUGUUAUAAGGCUGAUACCCCCCCGCCCCCUCCAAAAAAGUGAUUUAUAAUAGAUUCUUUAAUCUCAUUUUAAAUAAAAUACACUGUUGUGAUUCUGAACAAAGUUAAAUUUAUUAAGAAUUGAAUUAUAUAAAUUGUCACUGCAAAUAACUACCUGUAGUGUACCGUGACCAUCAUCAAGGAUUGUUUCAUGUUCAUUACGUUCUAUUUUUUAGCAUAUGGGGGUGAAGUUGGGUAUCCUUAGCCACUAGUUAUUGAAUACUUUUCACUGUUUACAUACAUAAUGUAUGUAGGAAAAUAAAAGUUCAUUGAAAUUUGUUAAUAAUCCAUAACAAGUCUUGAAGACAAGAUGCAGCAAAUCAAUGUUUGACGUUUGUGUAUAUUAGUGCUUAUAAGUCGGUAAUUUCUGUGAAAAGGACAUUACUGAACAGCUUCCAAACUAAUGUCUGUGAUAGAGAGAAGCUUCAGGAUGUGGUUCUACAUCUUUCAGAUCUUGUGAUGGAGUCCAUAGCCUUGAGUGUCACCAUAAGGGACAGUGCUUUAUUACAUUGUUAAGCUAAUUAGAAACAUUUAAAAUAAUAUCAUUAGAUUUAAGAAUGAAGAAUACGGUUCCUCACAUCAGCUUUUCCAGUAUAGUGCAAUGGAAAACCUAUGCAGAGAUGGCAGGAGUCUUAAAAAUGAGCUGUCGUGUACAUUUUAUAGGUGACAGCCCAUUAUUAGUUUUGGCCACACUUAACCAUUCCAGAAAUAUUUAACUGUAUCACCAAGGGACAGUAUUAUUUAUGUUCAUUUAUUACAAUAAUACAGUAUACCUGUAGUAUAUUUUUAGUACAUCGCCAACAUGGUGAGAACUGUUAAUUUUACUAUUGAAAAUAAUGACCUCAGGAAUACUACUACUGAAUAUAAUGAUAAAUUAGCUCCACCACACACAUAUGACAUGCUAUUUAUGCCACACAUGUUUAUGUUACACACUGCACACAUAUGAUGCACUAGCUAUGCCACAUAUUAGUUACACCAUAUACAGUACAGGUAUAUGAUACUCUAGCUGCACCACACUUGUUAGGUUAGCUGCACCACACAUGAUGAAUUAGCUGCACCACACAUGAUGAGUUAGCUGCAUCACACCUGAUAAGUCAGCUGCACUACACAUGAUAAGUUUGCUGCACCACACAUGAUACACUAGCUAUGCCACACAUGAUAAAUUAGCUACACCACACAUGAUAAGUUGGUUACGCCACACAUAUAAUACACUAGUUGCACCACAUAAAUUAGAUAUGAUAAACUAGCUGCACCACAUAUGAUAUACGAGCUGAACCCAGGGCUUGGGAGAGGGGAGUGUAAAUGGCUACCAAAACACCAGAGCCUGCCGGCAGGGAGCCCAAUACAGCCUAUAGGCUGUACCAAUGAUUAAAUUUUAAAAAUAUU